AUGGGUGAAAAUGCAAAGCGCAAGCGUGCAGGACGUCUUCUUCAAGAAUUCAGAACCCAAACCAAAAACCUUGCCUCUUCAACGGAUUCGACGCCGCCGCUCAUCGUUGUAGGCGCCUCCGCGGCCUCCUCCUCCCCCCUGUUCCAAACCAAAUCCCUAGCUCGGCACGUCGUCGUCGUGUUGUCUUCUAGCUUCGCUGUUCGAGGCUUCGAGUUCGAGAUGCUUGCCGUGGUGUCGUCGUCGUCGUCUUGCUCUCAGUUGAAGCCAGGAAAAUCUCUUUAUACUACUGUUAGAGAGCUCGUGGAGAAUUCGCUUGACUCAGCGGAAUCGAUAUCGGAGCUUCCGGUAGUUGAGAUAACCAUGUGAGUUUGCAUUUGAAAGUACAAUGAACUAGUAAAUGAUUGAUUGUUCCACGCUGACAUGGUUGUUGCAGUAAGGAGAUAAAGAAAAGCAAAUUUAAUUCUAUGAUCGGUCUCAUUGACUCCGGGUGAGUUGUUGUGGAGUUGUACGAUGAUUAUAAGACUGAGAAGGUCCAUGAGGUGUGUUUGAUUACAUUAUUAUUGAGUUAGUUAUGCCAUAAUGCGAAAUACUAGACUGUGUCGAACUGUAUUGUUGUGUGGUAUCAAUUUUUAAUUAUAGCAAUACACUUGAAGCAAGUGGAACGAACCACUAAUUUUUUGUGGCUCUGCUGCGCUGCUGCUAUUUUGUGUUUUUGUUGAAAUCAUUGAAUGGCUAUUUGA